GAACUUCCUAGUGUGCGAGUCACUUCCAUCACUGAUCAUACAGUGUGUAAAAGGAAUCGUCUCUUGGCGGUAAUGUCUGCUGUGAGACACUGGCCGUAGAAAAUUCAAGUGUCGUCUGCUCGCAGCAACCGAUUCAAAUGUCGUCCGCACGUGAUCACGGACAACAGCAACACACAUCUACUUCCUAUCAGUUCUAAUGGAUUCGGAACAGUGUAUCCGUGUUGUAUUGCCAAUGGAGAACCUGCCGACACUACUGGCUUCGACAACAGAAGCAGUCGCCAGUUUCAGAAACAUAAAGCCGCAUUAAUUCCGGGAUUACUUACCACGAGAGACAAUUCCUGUUAUCCCGUACUUCCAUGGUAGAAAGCCAGCCGCCGCCGCGUUGAGUCAAGUAUGUCACGGAUGUACUGUAUAAUCUGCUAAUGGAAUGAACAAGUCGUCAUCGCUGGAUUCAAAGAGAAGCUGGAACUUAAUGUGCAUCUCAGAGCCACCAACACGUAAUACAGCUUCCAGCACACAGGUACAAGCAACGAAGAUGAAAACAUUAUUUUACAAUAUGGCAGAAUUUUCAAGCACGUUUCUCUAGACGCCAGUUCGAUUUUAAGUUUCUUCUUGAACGAAGGCUACGUUCCAGUUCAAGGUUUGACCAUUGUAAGAAAGUUUUGCGAAAUCGGCAAGUCUGUAUGAACCAAGACUGUGGCAUUCUAUGGAAAGAGUUCCCAUGACAGAGAUUGUUUAUCCGGGAUAUUCUGUGUUUGCUUCUGAGAUUCACGUAGAAGCACACCGUGGUAUUGAUUCCACAAGGAUUGAUAAUACGCUGACACAUACCUGACCAAGAGUGUGUUAUGGGAGGGGAUUCCGAUGUACUGGUAUCCGCAGUGAGGCUUGUGUAAUCCAGUCUGCAAGUUGGUCUACACUGGUCGUCUGGAACACUACCAGACUCAAUACUCACGAUUCCACCUCUGGUGUGUGAAUAUCAAUGUAUUCAGAGCGAGGGAAUUACCCCAUACAGAACCACCACUGUGGUGUUAAAGGUGCAUCACUCAAUUGUUGUUUGAUUUGAACAAGUGUUUGAAUACUCUACGCAAGGUAUUGCCAUAUACAAGCUGAAAUCAUUGCGAAAUAGUAUAGGCGUACUCUCACAUGAUUGUUUGAUACCAUAUUGCAGGGAUAACCCGCACAAGAUAACCCCGGAAGCGGUUUCGUUAAAGGCACUCUCUCGAAUAAACCGUGCUUUUGGUUUCUGUUAUAUCAGUGCUUUGAAAUUCUGGCACAUCAGUGCUUGUUUUGUUUUUAGCACACAAGUGCUUGAAUAUUUGAGGGAAUUUUUGUGGAAUUCUUUCGAACUCCAUCAUUUAUGACCAGGAUGACGUUCUAAAAGAGGGUUGAGUUUAACGACGCAGAUUGAUCCAAAUGUGGAAGUAGAUCGUUGUCUCUGUAACGAAACGACACAUUAGUGUCAGCUUUUAUAAUCUAUAUCGUUAUUAUCUCUGAUUAAAAGACGAUUCCACUACCCGCCAAGAUGUCGUUUGCCCAGAUCAUGGAUAACCUCUUUCACACUGUCAGAAGCGUAAGUUUCUGGAGGUCAGUGAAGACCGAGUUCCUUCUGACAACCUUCUACGUCCUGUUUGGGUGUGGUGCCACAAUCACGGCCAACACCCGCUGUAAAGCCAGUACUGAUGAACUGAAAGCUGCCGUUACGUUCGGGAUGACGACAGUAACGCUACUUCACUGUUCACUGAGGAUGGGUUCUCCUGCACAGAUGAACCCAGCAAUUACCAUCGCAAUGUUGUGCACCCGCAAAAUCGACAUCAUCACAGCGUUUUUUAAUGUAUUUGCUCAAUGCCUGGGAGGGAUCGCUGGAGCCGGGGUGUUGUAUGGAGUUACCCCUGCCCGCCAGCAUGAAUAUCUUGGCGUGACCUCUGUGCAUUCAGACAUUGAGAGUGGACAAGCUUUCGGAAUCGAAUUCCUCAUCACAUUUGUCCUUGUGUUUGCAUAUUUCUCUAGUAUGGACCCACCCCAUCUAGCGACGGGUACCUUCCAAGUUAUACCAGCGGGUCUCGCAAUUGCGAUUGGUCAUACAUUCGGGUGGAAGUACACGGGCGCCAGUCUGAACCCAGCUCGGUCACUCGGCCCCGCCAUUGUCUGCAACGAAUGGAGGGAUCAUUGGGUCUACUGGGUUGGUCCUAUUCUCGGCGCUCUCCUCGGAGGAAUCACGUUUGAAUACAGCCAUAUCAACUACACCGGAAGUCGUCUGCUACGUCGAUCAAGCUCCACACGCGAUGAAAGUGGCCUGGAAGCACGUGCGAGUAGCAAGGAAAGCGUGGAUUUGCCCACUGAGCUGACCUUCUCAGUCAACAUGCCCGACGACCCAGAAGUCUGACUGGGAAUGUACAACAUCGCUUGCGUUGAAAUGGACGAUGGAAGAGGACUCGGAAAUAUGACUGCCCAAAAAAGUGGAACAAAAGAUAGAUAGUUGCAAUGUGGUGAGAUCAGUCAUUAGCUGUCCGUGCGUGAUGUUCUAAUCGGAUAACCUGUCAGAUACUGGCUGUGAUGUUUUGUACAAAUGAAGAAAGAUCCUUUGGCUUCAGAGCCUGAAGCUUAUUGGACUGGUGAAUUAACUAGACAUUCCGUUGCCCUGGUUGUGAUCGUUUUUCCCACGGCAAAGUCGAAAUGAUGACUGAUAUCUGCAAUCAACAGUCUCGGGAUUCAUCACCUGGGGUUUAGAUCUGCUAUUUGUCAGAUUCAACUUCAGAUGCUCCUGUUAUUGAAAUACUUCAUCGCCAAGUAAUGUGUGCCACAUAACAAUGCAGUGACGAACAUGGCUGACUUUACGUGUUUUGAAAGGCAUGGCAUGAUAAAAAGCAACACAGAGAAGUCACUGUGACCAAUCUGUUAAUGCAUAUAAGAGUGAAAGUGUCUGCUGUGUCAAGUCUUGCAUUCAGAUAUUGCUGAUGAGUACAGUCCUGAAUCCGGGUGUAUUUGUUUGAGUGAUAAAUACAACAAUAGACACAUUUGGUGAUUGUGUGUGUGACAUAACUGAAUUGUCCUUAUAGGAUUUCACCAUGCUGAAAGGAAGAUAUACCGCUCUACACUUAUUCUCUGAGAAUGAGAUAAGACAAUUGUACAGCUUCUAUAUAUUGUGAUUGGAUAUAUUUACAGUACCAAUAGAGUCCAAUUUUCAUAACGCACAUCUGUACGUGUUCUGGAGCCGAAUGCGGAUCUUGUGUGAACUUAAUACUUUGUAUGAUUCAUUUUGUGAUACUGAUAGCUUAACAGUACACGGAUAGUUAUGAUAGAAACAGGUUUCUAUUUAUUUUUAAUUUGGAGUUUUGUAAUUGGGCAUUGUGUUAUUAUUAAAAGAGUUCCGUAAAUUAGGGAAAUACUACUCAGACAAGAACAUGAAUCUGAGGGAUACAGUUUUGGGAAUUCUUUGUAUCUCAGAUCUCGAAAAUAUCACAAAUGACAACGACUGUUGGCGCCUUCUGUCAGUCUUACAGUCUCUUCAACGUGAUUUAGAGUAAGUGUGGCUUUCAGGCCGUAUCAUGUCAGCAUCACAUGUUCUUUGGGCUGAACGUAACUCCUACUCUUCAUCCAACCUCUCUAGAACAUUCGCCUAAGGGGAUAUCCACAGUGUAUCCUUGUGUAGAAUGAGCAGAGUAUUUGUUCUGUGAACUCAAGUUUGUGUAUUUUAAUAUUCCGUUGGCUACAUGCGCGAUGUUUCAACACUGACCCUGGUACCAAAGAUACAUAUCAUGAUAUUCUGCAGUAUUUGAAAGCUUCAGUGAUAACGAUUACACAUUUUAGUAAUGAUUGCAGAUUUUGAGUUUUGCACCCAAUACAAAGUGUUUUGCACUCAA